AUGUGGCUGUGGCUGGCGGUGCUGGCGGGGCUGUUGUGGCUGCGGCGCUGGCACCGGGAGCGGCAGACGGUGCCCGGCCUCUCGGAGAAGUUUGUGCUGAUCACGGGCUGCGACUCGGGCUUCGGCAACCUGCUGGCACGGCAGCUGGACGCGCGGGGGCUGCGGGUGCUGGCGGGCUGCCUGACGGAGCCGGGGGCCGCCAGGCUGCGGGCGGCCACCUCGCAGCGCCUGCAGACCAUCCUCCUGGAUGUCACCUCCAGCCACAGCAUUGCUGCCACCACCGCCUGGGUCCGGGAGCGUGUGGGUGACCGAGGGCUGUGGGGGCUGGUGAACAACGCCGGGAUCGCUAUCCCCACUGCCCCUAAUGAGUGGCUGAGCAAGGACGACUUCGUCAAGGUGCUGGACGUCAACCUGGUCGGCCUCAUCGAGGUGACGCUGAGCCUCCUGCCCCUGGUGCGCAGAGCCCAGGGCCGGGUGGUCAACGUGGCGAGCGUGAUGGGCCGGAUCGCCCUCUUCGGUGGGGGGUACUGCCCCUCCAAGUACGGCGUGGAGGCCUUCUCCGACACCCUCAGGCGUGAGAUGCGCCCCUUUGGGGUGCAGAUCUCCAUCAUUGAACCUGGCGGCUUCCAGACGGGGAUGACUGACCCCAGGGUGCUGGUGAAGGCCUUGGAGCGCCUCUGGGAGAGGCUCCCAGCGGAGACCCAGGCAGCCUACAGCCCCUGCUACUUGGAGACCUAUGCCCGGCGCACGGCCCUGCUGCACCGCCUGAGCAGCUCCCGCCUGUCCAUCGUCACCGGCUGCAUGGAGCACGCGCUGCUCGCCCGCUGCCCCCGCAGCCGCUACACGGCCGGCUGGGACGCCCGGCUCGCCUUCCUGCCGCUCAGCUACUGCCCGGCCUGGCUCUCUGACACCAUCAUCACUUUUUUCCUGCCCAGCUUGGCUGGGGGGAUACCUGCAUGCCCCUGA